GUAUUGAGUUGAUUCAUGGGCUGCUGGCUGGAAGUAUCAGGUAGACUGCAGCUGCACCUGGAGGCUCCACUGGCACAGCCAGCUUUCCUGGAAAGUCUUUCCCUGGCCCUUCCGCCUUUGGGGAAGUCGCCGCCCCCCCCCCCCCAUGGAAAGGCCGCCCAACAAGCCCCCAGCUUCGGGACAGCCCUCCCGGGAGGGGGUGCGGCAGCUACUCCUCCCCCCGCCCCCCUGGAAUCAGGCCACCGCGCGGCGGGGCUUAAAAGGCGGCGGGCCGGCGGGCGCUGUCUCUGCGCGGUGGUGCUGAAGGAGGGUCGCCCGGCGGACGGCAGGAGGGAGCAGUCGCCGCGCACCAUGGGCCUGGGAGUGGUGGCAGUGGCGGCGGCGAUGCUGCUGGCGGUGGCCGGAGCCGGACUGCCUCCCUGCUCGCGGGACAGCCGGGGCAGCGACGGGCGGCUCUGCGCGGAGAGCGGACCGGAGUCUUCGACGCUGCGCGGCGUGGCCGCCUUGGAACGGGCGCGGGAUGCCGGCUCGACCGGGGGUCGUCGGCGAGCCAAGCGGGGCUUCACCUACCCGGGGACCCUCUGGUGCGGCGCCGGAAACAUCGCGGAGAACUACGAGCAGCUGGGAGAGCACCAGGAGACGGACAGGUGUUGCCGGGAACACGACCAUUGCCAGCACCUCAUCCAUCCCUUCACCUACAAGUACGGGCACCGGAACCUGCGCUGGCACACCAUCAGCCACUGUGAUUGCGACAGGAGGCUGAAAGACUGUUUGAGUGCCGUGAACAACACCGCUUCCCGGGUGGUGGGACAAGCCUUCUUCAACGUCAUCCAGGUGCCGUGUUUUGUGCUGGUCUACCAAGAAUCCUGCGUGGAGUCUUACCUCUAUGUCUGGUGCAAGAACUACAGCCGGAUGGCCGUGGCGGUCCUGAAAGACCCGGUGAUGUUUGACUAUGGGGGAGAGCGGAUCGACGCCCCAGCGACCCGCCGGCUGCAACCGGCCUCUUCCACCGCCACCACCACCACUCUGUCCCCCAACUCUUCUCCUCCUCCUCCUCCUACCCCCAGGACGCUGAGCCAGGCAGCCGAUAGCCGGCCCACCCAGGCCAGGCUGAGCCCCUUGCCCCCAAAGCUUCGGAAGGGCAAAGGGAAAGAUGGAGGCCGAGGCCGGAAAGGGAAGGGGACCAAGAAGCAGAAGAAAAAAGGCCCCUGGGGCAAGGCGGGCACCCCCAUCGCCCACCAGCACCCUGCUGGGGAGGGAGUCCCCCUGAAGCAGCUGGCUGGGCAGGAACUGGGGCAGGGGGAUGCCGAAAUGGGACAGGGGGACUCCUUCAAUGCCAUCUUGAGUGAUGAGCCUGGCCGAGGAGGGAGCGAGCAGGAUGCUGCUGGGUUGCCUGAGAGCACGCAGACGGUCCCGCAAAAGGGCCUCCCCACCACUGGCCCGUCUGGGGUGAGGAAGAGGAAGAGGAGGAGGAAGAGGAGGAGGAAGCUGCGGAAGGAAGAGGAAAGCGGGCCAAGGCACCAGAAGCACUCCGUGGCCGGCAGCGUAAAGGCGGAGCAAAGCCCCCCCACCCAGACGUGGGGCUGAAAUGCGGACAGGAUUACAGAAAUGAGAGACUCGAGUCCCAAAGGGGCUUUUUCCAAAAGGCAGCUGGACUUUCUUAGGAUUUUUUCCCCAUUGAAAACAUUUCGCUUCUCAUCCAAGAAGCUUCUUCAGUUCAGGGAAGUCCGAAGGUUUUCUUUUGGAAAAAGCCCCUCUGGGAUGACUGUGAGAGGAUGGGGAAUCUCCGUAGACAAGGGAGUUGGAAGGGACCUCGGAGGUCUUCUAGUCCAACCCCCUGCUUGAGCAGGAGGCCCGAUGCAGAAGACCAGACCUGCUAGGUUGGCCUCGAUGGAGAAGGAAUAAAAGCCGAUUAACUAUG